AUGGAGAAGAAAACAAAUUUACCGAAGAAGCCAAUCGAAAAGCGAACACAAUAUCCGAUUGGAUCCGAGCAAUAUACAGUCUAUGAGGAAAUAGGGAAAGGAGUUAGCGCUUUGGUUCAUCGCGCUCUUUGUAUUCCUCUCAAUGAGAUCGUUGCAAUCAAAAUCCUAGAUUUCGAGCGUGAUAAAUGUGAUCUGAACUCUGUGUCACGGGAAGCACAAAUAAUGGUCCUAGUUGAUCAUCCCAAUGUUCUUAAAUCAUACUGCUCCUUUGUCUGUGAUUACAAUCUAUGGGUUGUCAUGCCUUACAUGGCUCAAGGUUCUUGUCUCCACAUACUGAAGUCUGCUUAUCCAGAUGGUGUUGGAGAGGUUGUCAUUGCAACAGUUCUACGUGAAGUGCUAAAGGGUUUGGAAUACCUUCAUGAUCAUGGCUACAUUCAUCGGGAUGUCAAAGCUGGAAAUAUUCUCAUUGAUUCACGUGGUGGAAUAAAGUUGGGAGAUUUCGGUGUAUCGGCCUACAUGUUUGAUUCAGGUGACAGGCAGCAUAUGCGGAAUACAUUUGCUGGAACUCCUUGUUGGAUGGCACCGGAGGUCAUGGAGCAAGUGCAUGGUUACGAUUUCAAAGCUGAUAUUUGGUCUUUUGGCAUAACUGCUUUAGAGCUUGCUCAUGGACAUGCUCCUUUCUCAAAAUACCCUCCAAUGAAGGUGUUGCUAAUGACAUUGAAAAAUGAACCUCCACGCCUUGAUUCUGAGAGGGACAGGAAGUUCUCGAAGUCCUUUAGGCAAAUGAUUGCUAGUUGCUUGGUAAAAGAUCCUUCAAAAAGGCCUUCAGCCAAAAAGUUGUUGAAGCAUCCUUUCUUUAAAAAAGCUAGGUCCAAUGAUUAUGUUGCAAGAACAUUGUUGGAAGGCUUGCCAUCUCUUGGUGAUCGCAUGCAAGAAUUGAAGAGGAAAGAAGAAGAAAUGCUAGCACAAAAGAAGAUGCCAGAUGGGCAGAAAGAAGAAAUGUCACAGAAUGAAUAUAAACGCGGGAUUAGCUGCUGGAGCUUUGAUGUUGAAGAUUUGAAGGCACAGGCUUCCUUGAUUCCAGAUGAGGAAAUUAUUGGUGAGAAUGACCACGGGGGGAGUUCAGAUGCGCUCGCAGGGCUUGACAACCAAGGAAACCGGCUUCAAUAUCAGUUAUCUUCGCUAGAACUUCCAAAGCUUCAGUAUCAAGUCUCCUUUGGAAGUCAAAGUUCAGAUGCUACAGGAUUCGAUGGUAACAAUCCAUCUGCUCCUCCUUCGCCUGCUGACCGCACCAUGGAUUAUAGCAGACCUAAAAAUGAGAAGGUUGAUGACGAUUUAAGCAUUGCUAGUUCAUUCCAUGAAGCUCAAAUUUCACAAAAUUCUUCUCCAUGCCAAGAGGAGAUGAAUUUUGUGGGAAAAGGUGAACAAAAGAGUUAUGCAGAAACAUUUGAGGGGAUUCCCAUAAAUUCUUGUCAAAGUGAUAAAAGUUCAUCCCAAAAUGUAUCCAGUUGCAAUGUGGCUUUUCCUCAAACAGCUGAUGAUUUGCCAGCUGAAGUAUCUAGUAAACAUUCAAGAACUUCAGGCAAGUUAUAAUGAUACAGCAUGUAUUAUUGAUCUUAUAAACACACUUUCAUCUGAGUACAUUCUGGAGUUUAUUUGUGUAAUAUUUGCUUGCUAAAUAAAGACUUUAUUUAGCCGG